AUGAGUAGCAACACCGAGCUUCACCCAGGGGACAAAUACUUUAGAUCCUUCACCAAGACAUGGCACAACAGGUCUUACCCCCAGAUCUCGCCCCUCCGCUCUGAUCUGCAGGUCUCUGAGAGUGUCGUUUUCAUCACGGGUGGUGGCAGUGGCAUCGGCAAGGCCACAGCAAUUGCCUUCGCAAACGCUGGUGCUGGAGCCAUCGCGAUCUUCGGUCGCCGUCUUGACAGACUGCAAUCCGCUGCCGAAGAAGUCUCCAAAGCCAAUCCCAAUGGGACAACAAAGGUAAUUUUCGAAAGGGUCAAUUUGAGCCAGCGUGCAGCCGUUGAUACUGCCUUCGCCAGUGCUGUCAAGCAGGCUGGCGGAGCAAAGAUUGAUAUCUUCAUACACAACGCCGGCAUCCUUCAGACAGCCGGGUUAGUCGCGGGGUAUGACGAGAAUGAGUACCGCAAGGGCCUGGAGUUGAAUAUGGUUGGCGCUUUCAACACGGUCCAAGCGAUGUUUCCUUUGCUGGCGUCUAAAGCCAAGGUGUUCAACAUCUCAUCCUGCAUUGCACAUAUCAGUGUCAUGCCUGGGUGCUGGGCCUAUGCGGCAAGUAAGAUUGCGAAUACCAAAAUGUUCGACUACCUGCAGAUUGAGAAUCCGGAUUUACAUAUCGUCAACGUCCAUCCCGGCGUUGUGGAUACCGAGAUCAAUGCCAACACAGAGCAUGCAGGGCUUGGGGUUGAUGAAGUUGACCUCCCUGCUCACUUUCUCGUGUGGCUUGCAUCUCGAGAAGCAGAAUUUCUCAAGGGCAAGUUCGUGUGGGUCAACUGGGACGUGGAUGAAUUGAAGGCUCGCGCUGAUGAAAUAAAGAACUUGCCACUGUUGAAGGUGUUGUUAAACGGUGUACCAUUGUAG